UUAAAGUACUCUCCUAGCUCUACCGUAACUUCCCACUUGUCCGCAGCACUCCAAGACAACAUUGCCUUGGGGGUUACAACCCCAAAAGAUGGACAACGUCGCCGCCUUCUCCUUAGACAGCGCUCCUUCAUACGAGAAGGUCCAAUUCCAAGUGGAGGGCGUUAACCUUGAAAUCUCAACCCUCUACAAAAAGGGCACCCGCCCCCCAUUCUUCUUCCUUCACGGCUUCGGCUCCUCCAAGGAAGAAUUCAACGACUUCGCCUACCUCCCCCAUCUCAGCGACUAUGGUCUCCUAGUAUACGACGCCCCAGGCUGUGGCGACACAGCAUGCUCCGACCUCAGCAAAAUAAACAUCCCCUUCCUCGUCAAAACAGCUAAAGCCAUGCUUGACCACUACGGCAUCUCCAAAUUCCACCUCUCAGGCCACUCCAUGGGCGGCCUAACUGCCCUCCUCCUCGCGUCUGAAAUCCCAGACCGCGUCCUCAGCUUCGCCAAUAUCAAGGGUAAUCUCGCCCCCGAGGACUGCUUCCUCAGUCGUCAGGUCUUUCUCUUCCCCGCUGAUGAUGCGGAGGUAUUUUUCCAUGAGUUCACUGAGAGAGCCAGGCGCGCGCCCGCCUUCUCGAAUGCUGUUUAUGCGUCAAAUCUUAGACGUAAGAUUAGUCCCCAUGUCACGUAUGGGAUUUUGUCUACCAUGGUUGAGAUUACCGAUGGGAAUGAUUUACUGGCGUUGUUUUUGGGGUUGCCGUUUCCGAAGAUGUUUAUGUAUGGCGUGCAGAAUGCCACUCUGUCGUAUUUGCCUAGAUUGAAGGAGGAAGGUGUGGAGUUGGCGGAGAUUUCGUACAGUGGGCAUUUUCCGAUGUAUUCGAAUCCUCCUGAGAUGUUUAGGCGGAUUAAGGAAUUUUUGGAGAAGGUGUAGGGGGUUAGCUUUGUUGCUUUUUCUUUAAUUUUCAUUUUUUGUCUGUUUGCGUGGAGGGUAGAAUGAUAUUUUAAAGUAGAUGUGAACGCUUU